AGUAAGACUCGUGAGCGGCAUGCACAUCUUUGCAAAUGCAGUGUUUCUCAUAGACAAACUCAUUCAAAAUGAAGCUUGUUUGGUAAAUUAUAUUUUACAAUUUUGGCAGUAAGAAAUCCUAUUACUAAGCCAUUUCAACCACUGCGUUUGAGCUACUGUAGUGUAAACAUGUCAACGCUCGUUUUGGACAACGGUGCGUACUUUGCUAAAAUCGGAUACAGCCAUGAGAAAGUCAGUGUUAUUCCAAAUUGUCAGUUCCGUUCAAAGACGUCCAGACUGAAAACUUUCACAGCCAAUCAGUUGGAUGAAAUCAAAGACCCGUCCGGACUCUUCUAUAUACUUCCUUUUCAAAAGGGGUAUCUUGUAAAUUGGGAUGUGCAACGCAAAGUAUGGGAUCACCUGUUUGGAAAGGAGAUGUUUAAGGUGGACUUUGCUGAUACCAGCAUUGUGAUAACAGAGCCUUACUUUAAUUUCACCUCAAUUCAAGAAUCCAUGAAUGAGAUUCUGUUUGAGGAAUAUCAGUUCCAGGCAGCCCUCAGAAGUAACGCUGGAUCUUUGAGUGCCCAUCAAUACUUCCAUGAGAAUAACUCUGAGCUGUGCUGUAUUGUGGUGGACAGUGGUUUCUCCUUCACACACAUUGUCCCUUAUUGCAGGGGAAGAAAGAUGAAAGAAGGGAUUUGCAGAAUGAAUGUAGGGGGAAAACUGCUCACCAAUCAUUUGAAAGAGAUUAUUUCAUACAGACAGUUGCAUGUAAUGGAUGAAACCCAUGUGAUCAAUCAAGCUAAGGAAGAUGUGUGUUAUGUUUCACAAGACUUCUACAAAGAUGUGGAUAUUGCACAAUUAAAAGGAGAAGAUAAUACAGUGAUGAGAGAUUAUGUGCUGCCGGAUUUCAGCUCUAUCAAAAAGGGAUUUUGCAAGCCUCGAGAGGAGAUGAAUUUCACUGGCAAAUAUAAGUCUAGCGAGCAGAUUUUGCGGCUCAACAAUGAGAGGUUUGCUGUCCCAGAGAUGCUUUUUCACCCGUCGGACAUUGGCAUUCAGGAGAUGGGCAUUCCGGAGGCUUUGGUCGACUCCAUCAACAAAAUGCCAGAGGAGAUGCAGCCUCAUCUCUACAAGAACAUUGUUCUUACCGGGGGCAACACCCUGUUCCCGGGAUUCAGGGAUCGCGUUUACAAAGAAGUCCGUGCACUCGCUCCUGUAGAAUAUCAAGUGUCUGUUCACCUGCCACAAAACCCUAUUUGCUAUUCGUGGGAAGGAGGCAAGCUGUUGGCAGAAAACCCUGACUUUGAAGAGAUGGUGGUCACACGAGAAGAUUAUGAGGAAAAUGGACAUUAUAUAUGCGAGGAAAAGUUUGAUAUUUAAUAUGCGUAAAAGUGAUCUGCCUGUAGACACAGAAGAAAUGGAAUGAACACUUCUCACGUAUCAAAAUAUAUCAAAUCAGUGUCAUGCGCUGAGAUCCUCACAAGGUUUGAUAUUUGGUUUUUGAACCUGACAAUUUUGUAUUUUUCUCUUAUUUAAGAAACGUUUUUUUAUACUGUAUAUUCUAUGUGAUACAAUAAUAUGACGUAGAGAACUAUUUUUUUCUUUACUCACUGUGGGCUACAAUAAAUGUAAGUAAU